UGUGUUACUACACCGCUUUCACUGACAUCUGUCUGCGCUGCAUUUCUAUUUUGGUGUGUCGCACUUGUAUUUAUCGUAGAUUGGUUUAGAGAUAUAGACACCGUCUGUUACUUUCAUACUCUGCUUAACUAUGCCUGGAUUUUCCGAUAGAGAUCGUGGCAGAGACAGGGGGUAUGGAGGUGCACCUCGUUUUGGAGGCGGUGGUGGCAGUAGGGGCGGACCCCCUCAGGGGAAAUUUGGCAACCCAGGCGAAAGGUUGCGCAAAAAACACUGGAACAUGGAUGAGCUCCCAAAGUUUGAGAAGAACUUCUACCAGGAGCACCCGGAUGUGAUCCGCAGACCACCUCAAGAGGUGGAUAACUACCUUAGAAGUAAAGAAGUAACAGUGAAAGGCAGAGACUGCCCCAAGCCCAUGAUGAAGUUUCACGAGGCCAAUUUUCCAAAUUAUGUGAUGGAUGUCAUUGCCAAACAAGGAUGGGAUGAGCCAACUCCUAUCCAGGCUCAGGGCUGGCCUCUGGCCCUCAGUGGGAAAGACAUGGUGGGCAUCGCCCAGACAGGCUCUGGCAAAACCCUCGCUUAUCUGCUGCCUGCAAUCGUGCACAUUCAACACCAGCCAUUCUUGGAGCAUGGAGACGGACCUAUAUGUUUGGUGCUGGCCCCGACCCGUGAGCUGGCCCAGCAGGUGCAGCAGGUUGCUGCCGAGUAUGGCAGGGCCUCCCGCCUGAAGUCCGUCUGUGUCUAUGGUGGAGCCCCCAAAGGACCCCAGAUCCGGGACCUCGAGAGAGGUGUUGAGAUCUGUAUCGCCACCCCAGGGCGUCUCAUUGACUUCCUGGAGGCUGGGAAGACCAACCUUCGCAGGUGUACCUACCUUGUGCUGGAUGAGGCUGACCGUAUGCUGGACAUGGGCUUCGAGCCCCAAAUCCGCAAAAUCGUGGACCAAAUUAGACCGGAUCGUCAGACCCUCAUGUGGAGUGCCACCUGGCCCAAGGAGGUGCGUCAGCUGGCUGAGGACUUCCUGAAGCAGUACGUCCAGAUCAACGUGGGCGCUCUGCAGCUCAGCGCCAACCAUAACAUCCUGCAGAUAGUGGACGUGUGCAACGACGGAGAGAAGGAUGACAAACUGCUCCGGCUGCUAGAGGAGAUCAUGAGCGAGAAGGAGAACAAGACCAUCAUCUUUACCGAGACCAAGAGACGCUGUGAUGAGCUCACCAGGAGGAUGAGACGAGAUGGCUGGCCAGCAAUGGGUAUCCACGGAGACAAGAGCCAGCAGGAGAGGGACUGGGUUCUCAAUGAAUUCAAAUAUGGCAAGGCCCCCAUCCUCAUCGCCACCGACGUGGCCUCCCGUGGUCUAGAUGUGGAGGAUGUGAAAUUUGUCAUAAAUUAUGACUAUCCUAACUCCUCUGAGGACUAUAUCCACCGCAUUGGACGCACGGCCCGCAGUCAAAAAACGGGCACCGCCUACACCUUCUUCACCCCCAACAACAUGAAACAGGCCAGCGACCUCAUAGCUGUGCUCCGCGAAGCCAACCAGGCUAUCAACCCCAAGCUCCUCCAGAUGGCAGAGGCCAGAGGAGGUAAUUCCUAUGGCGGGUCGUGGAGGGGGGAAGAGGUGGCUAUAGGGAUGACCGACGAGAUAGGUAUUCUGGGGGGAGGAGUUACGGUGGUGGUGGUGGUGGUGGUGGUAGUGGUAGUUACAGGGACAAGGAUAGCGACAGGGGGUUCGGUGGGGGACCAAAGAGUGCCUUCGGCGCAAAAACCCAAAACGGAGGGGCUACGGGGGUAGCACCUAUGACAAGGGCGCUAGCUCUGGCGGUAGCUAUG